GGGUCACCUUGGAACUAGUCUCGCGUCGGACGUGCAGUGCGUAGGUUGUCGGUUGUCGAGUUCUCGCUUUCCGCGUACAUCGCGAACGCCGUGUAAUGCCCAAUUCUGGAAUAUCGGCGACUUCUGAGUGCGUCGCGGGGAAGUCGCCAUUAUCGUUUGAUGAGGCCCGCAAAUAAUUGGCCUUGAAAAAAGCGGCGACGCUGAAAACGGAGCGUCGGUUUUAUUCGCGUACGAAUAAGUAUCCGCGAUUUUCGUCUGGAUUUCGUGCGCGAGUAACGCGAGUAAACGGGAGUGCAAUCCGGGAGUGUCGUGUUUCAACGCGAUGGAUCGAAUAAUCUUUUCGAAGUGCAUCUGGGCGUCGACGGGGAGUCUCGACCGGAAGUCUCGGAGGAUCGCGAAUUGAUCGGGGAAGCGGGAGAGGGGAAGGAAAGGAAGGGCGUGCCGGGAGAUGUCGCCAUAGACUUCAAUAGAUGUCACAAAUUAAUUUAAGGUUAUUUCGAUGCGUUUAAUAUAAUUAAUAUUCGGACGCUCGCUUUCCCGGAAUUGGAAAAGUAUAUUUUUUCAACAGAUAUUUUGUUCGUGUUUUUAUUCGCGAAUGUGAUAUUGAACGUGAUCGAGCGGAAUCGAAAGUGCCGAAUGCAUUCGCGAGUGAUCUUAUUUUUUCGUAUCGUCCGUUCAUUUCGAAGUGCAUCUGUGUGUGGUGAAGUACGAUAAAUAAUUAUUACAAAUAUAAAAUAAUAGAAAAAACAGUGCAAUGAUCAGUGCCAAAUCAUAUGGGAUUAUAGCAGAGCUGCGGGUCAUUAAAGCGGAUAUACUAUUAAAGCAGACAGGUUUAGAUAGUCGACUCAACGCAAUGGUGAUGAUGUAACGGGACUUUCGCUGUCGCUGUGGGUGAGGCAACAAUGUCCACACAAUGCAAUCGCUUCGUGCAAAAUGCCUGGAAGAAGGAGCUCUGUUCGAAUUGUUUCAAGCCGAGGGAGGAACACGCGGCGACCGAUGAUAUCCUGCGACUGAACGUCGAAAAGGCUUCUACGAACCUGAAGAUCGGUCAUCUUCAGGUACAGAGUAUCCUCCGCGGUAAGACGAUUUGCCGGAAGGACCAGCGGAAGAAGAACGUCGGCUUCCCGGAGUCCCUGACGGAGGUGAUCGGUUACGGCGGCGAUGAUUUCUCCGACGCCGAGGAGGAGCGGGACCCAGGUAAGGUGGACGCGAAGGCGGAGGACCUGGUGCCGGACAGCGAAGAAGAGCGCGCCCUGUUCGAUCUGACGCGCGCCAACACGAACUUCAACACGAUCAGCGCGAACCUGACGGACAGCGUCGUGGACGGCGACGCGACCAAGUCGUCGUCCUCGUCGUCGUCGACGACGACGACGCCCGUCAAGUCCUUCGCGUCUCUGAUGCUGGGAAAAGUACAAAGAGACGCCGAAGGCAAAAAGACGACCCUUUUGGUGUCCGUGACACCCUUUGGCGGAGACGAAGCCGUACCCACUGCCAAGAGACCCGUCGAUCGGAAGAUCAACUUGCAGCCCAGUCCGCUCAGAUGCAAAUCCGCCGACGGAGGAACACCGGAUAAUAUUGCCGAAGCCGCGAAGAAACUCAAUGGGGUGGACCGGAAAAAGGCGGACGAACAAAAGUCUUCUCCUGAACUAGGAAAGAUAAUAGAUAUGCCGUUGAUCACCUCUUCCAAUAUGAUCACAGUCAUGAGGAAGGAAAUGGACACCAUCAACGUCGACGCGGUGAAAACAUCUAUGGAAACUGCGGCGCAAAAGUACUCGUCCGCUUGUAAGCUCGACAAGAGAAACGCUGUAAACGGUUCCCUCGACAGCGGCGUUUCAACGAUAAAAAAGACUGAAGCCCAGACGUCGUCAAGGAUAACCAUGCAGUCAAGCGGCGUAAAAGAAAGCGAGAAUGCAAAGAGAACGACGACGAAGAAUCUGAGACGAGACGGCGAGAAGAAAGAAGAAGAAGAAGAAGAAGAACGAGAAAAAGAAGAGGGAAUUGAGCUCAUUCUGACGCCUCUGAAGAAUCAGGAAACUCCGGAGAACGAUGGUUCGCUGAGCAACGUUAACGACAAGACAACCGACCAGGUUUCUUCAGGAAUCGUCGGAGAUGUCUCGAAGGAUAAGCAGCGACUCGCUUCCGAGUACAGCCGAGAAUUUGCCGGAGAACCGGAUGGCAGAGCGAACGAAGAGGAAGUCACAGAGGAACCUCCGGCGUUGCCGACGAGUCCGCCGCCGAGCGUGAUUUCUACGGAACCGAGGACCUCCUUCUUACACGGCAAUAAUGUUAAUAACGACACAAGAGUGAAACCCGCCGUGCCGCAGAAACCCGCGACCUUUUCUAUGAAGGCGAGCUUAAAUGAAGGCCCGCUCAGCGCGAAAAGAAUUCCUAAUGAUUACGUGCUGCCACCGCCAUCGGUGCAAAACGUCACCGGUAGAUCUGCUCAGAAUUUAGGUUCGCAAGACAUAAAUUCGCGACGUUCAGUGAAAAAGGACACCUCGAACGAGACGCCGUCGUCGGAGACUGAUCAGGUUUUCUCGGUUACAACUCAACAAAACUCGGAGCCGGAAAUUCCAACAAAAAUGCCAUUCAAGUCUGCUCUUCCACCGUUAUCCACUUCCUUAAUUACAACACCGGAUCCAAGCAAUCCUUCGAAUAACGUCGAGCUAGAGAACGAAAAUGUCACGCCGGACGAGGAGUUUCCGGAGAUCACUCCCGUUUCCGUUUCCACUAUGGAAUUGAUACGUUCACCGAACAAGAGACGGAUGGCUCCUCGACCGCCAGAGUCCACGGAGGAUUCUCCAGCGGUUUCCUCUCUAUUCGCCAGGAAUCCAGGGGCGAAUCUCAAAUCUGACUCGCCGGUCGUUCGCGAGAAGGAGAAGAGAGAGAGAUCGUCCUCGUGCAGUCCCAAGUUCCGCAAGGCGGUCUCCGAUCUGCCAGAUCCCACGAACGGAACGACGGACGCUAAGCAACCGGUCGAGUCCACACCUAGAAGAACGAUAUCCUUGUCGCAGGACAGUCUGACGAGCGAGAAGGAGGUGCGGGAGGAGAAGAAGAGAGGUAGAAACCGUAAAGGCUUCUCCUUGAAGCGUUUCCUGAGAAUGGGCUCGAGGAAGGACAUGGACGUCGUGGUCGGUCAGAACGGGAAGAGCGACGAGAUACCAUCGACACCGCAACCAAAACCGCGAUUGGAGAUAAUCCAUCCGCUAGAGUUGGACGGGGCUGCGGUCGAAGUGGUAGUAGGGAGCGACAGAGUCGUCUCCAGGAUCGUCGGCGAGGAUCAGACGGAUUCCUGCGGCGCGAAGAAUGACAGCUCGAAGACGGCGACGCGGCUUCCUCCACCUUCAGCGGCGGCGAGACCCGGAAAACCGCCGCCGCCGCCAAGGAAUCAGUCUCUGGAGGAUUGGUCCAGGUCGGAACCGGCGAACAAGCCGAUGAGACCGCCUCCGCUUCGGCCGGAAGCGAAAACGGGCGUCGCUUCUCCGAGCAGGAGCGACAAGAUAUCUUCGAAAGCCACGUGGAGGCCGACGAGCGCGACGACCUCGGACUCGAUUUACGCGAAUCUGGCAGCGGAGGAUGUUACAGGUCAGGUACGCAGCGCCCUGGCACCUUCGAAACCGCAGCGAACCGCCAGCAUGAGGGACCAGGCCGUCGCCCAGCCCGUCCCUAGGAGGACGCAUAGCGAUAACAUUACGUCGACCCAGGGAGUGAAUCAACAUCGGGAUUACGACGUCGGACUCGCGGCCGUAAGAUCCACUUCCGACUCGCCGACAUCCAACGACAGCCACGUGUACGAGUGUCUCUCGAGUUCUCCCGAGUGCGAUUCGAAUCUGGAACUACGUCAUGGUUCGAACGGACGUGGUGACGGAUUUCGCGGCGCCUGCAAGAGGAAGUCUGACAGUAACGUGAUGGGCGGAGAGCCGAAGGUUCAUCAUCAUCAGCCAUUCAUGAGAUCGACCUCCUUGCCUUAUUGCGGCAGUGAGACUGAAAGCGAGCUUUACGCACCGUACACCUUUUACACUGGCGACGAGGGUGCGGAGGAGGAUCAGGAUUGGAAGGACGAUGAAGGGUCACGAAUGGGUCGCUUAAGACAACGCAGAGGACGCACCAUCGUUCAUCGAAGUCUGGAGGAUAAUUAUGGUGCGGUGGUUGUCGCGAAUCACGAAGCGCUCGCUCAAUUUCUCGAACAGGAAAAUCAAGCUGUUCAGUUACCGAUAGGCUUGCGUGCUCUGAAGAACGCUCGUCCACAGUUGAAGCACUUCAACAUCGACAUUGCAUCAUCAAUUUCCAUCGGCAGGAGGAUAUUUUGCCCGGCAACAUGGAACGAUCAAAACGUCACCCUCUGCAUGACGUUCGAUCUAGCUGUGCCUAUGCCGCAAAAGGAUUUUUAUCUGACACCUAUAAUAGAAUUCGUAGAUAGAGCGCCGAAGGAGAUGAUCGACAAGAUUCGACCGGCCGUUCAAGAAGAUGUUGAAGCGACGAUUUCGGUCCUUCCCUGUCUACACGUGACCACUGUACGAUCGCUCGGCGCGAUGUUGAAGGACAUGAGCAACGAAGGUGCAAACCGGGAGGCGUCGUUCGUGCUUCUUCAGCUGGUGAAUGCGCUGAAGAGUCUCCAGGCGCGCGGGAUCGAGGACGUCAACGGAUCCCUGAACGAUGUUAUACUCUGCAGAGAGGACGUUUACUAUCGACUCUAUCUUUUGCAAGGGAGGCUGAACAUAGAUCCUGGCGACGAACCUGGGGAGGAACGAGUUUCUCUAUGCGAAUGCGCUCUGAUAGCACUUCGGCAGUUGCAUCUGACGAACGAAUUGCCUCUCAUACAGGAUUUACUGAUACGCGAAAAAGCGGUCACCUUAUCUCAGGUAAAAUCUAUCCUGGAAUUUUCCUUGUGGGGUCCGGCCGACGUGCCCCUUGGUGGUCCACGGGAAAGAGAAGGAGCACUUCAACGAUGGCUCGACCUUGAGAGAGCAAACGUUCUUCACGCCCUUGUCAAGACGAAGGCAGCUCUGACCGUUAUAGACGAAUAUCAGUUAUUGUUCUUAGUUAGGACCACUGCUAAAAUUAUGAGCGAAGCUUCGAUACUUCUAGACGAGCAGCGUAAACGCUUGGCGCGAAAAUGCUAAAGAAUAUAUUUUUUAUCGCAUAUGUAUAUAUCGCGAAUUGCGAUUAAAGAUCCGGUGUAAUAAAAGUCUCAGGCGGAGACAGAGAAAAAGAUAUCCAAGUGCAAAGAUAACGCGAACGUUGCAAUAACAUAAUUUUUUAGUCGUACAAUUAUUGUUUAUAUCUCUUGUUAUCGCAACAUCCUCUCUUUUAUAAUAGACGUCAUGUAUUUUGAGAUAAUGAGGAUGUGCAAUUAGCUCAUUGUAAUGUGAAAUUAAUCGUAUGUGCGCGGGAAAAUGUAAUGUAAGAUAUAAUUAAUUUUCGAAUAACUCAGUGUUAUAAAUAUCUCGAAUUAUAUGUGUGCGUAAUGUGUAAUAUAUAGUACAUGAUAAAAUAAGUAUUAUUUAUAAGAACGUGCCAAUGCUCAAUCGAAAUGUGACUUUUGUAUGUACACACACUGUGUUUUAAGGAUCCAUCUCGAUUUAGAAAUAACUCCUAACACAUUGUUAUCAGCACAAUUGACAAUUGUUUAUAAAUAUUUAUAGUUAUUUUAUCACGUUUGUAUAGAAUUAAAUGUAAUAACCGAGAAUCUCUAAUAAGGUAUAUCUAUAUAAGCGAUAGUGCAAUAGAGUAUAACACGGAUAUUAUCCCACGGAUAUAAUUUUCGAAAUGUUUCUCCAAUACUCAAACGGAGAAGGAUUUCGAAAAUUGAAUAGAUUUUUAUAUAAAUAAGGCGAUGAAAGAAAAACAGUUGACUAUCAUUUACAUUUUUAUUAGUAUUCAAUUUAAGUACUAAGUUGUUUCUUGAUCGCAAUCUUCGGUUACGUUGCUCAAUUCGUUGUUUAAUUGAAUUUCCGGUAUAACACUCUGUUCACUCGAUUGCGAGUCCCACGAAUAUCCGACAAAGGACCUGUUUGGUGGAGGAAAUCAUUUAUAACUCGACGAUAUAUCGAUUAUAAUCAAUACACGAAUUUUUAACACGUGUACUGACAUUUUUAAAUACAUCAUUAAUUUGAAACUCGAUGUAGAAAAAGGCUUGAAAGCUCACAUAAAUAUUUUUGCAUAAUCUUAGAAA